GGUUUAUUAGAGACUGAAGGUUAUGAACGAACAGCAGCAAAGAAUGGCUGCAGUGGAAACUGACAAGGAACUCAGCGACCUCCUGGAUUUCAGUGCGAUGUUUGCGCCUCCAGUAGCCAAUGGGAAGAACAGGACAAUGACACUGGCCAGCACUCAGUUUGGUGGAUCAGCACUAGAUGAACGCAGCGGCAGUGGAUCUUGGGCCUCGGCAGAACAGAACAGCCCCUCUUUCAGCCAAGGACGGGGCUACGUAGAAGGAUCCCACUACAGUGAGCAUGAAGGAUUGUCUUCUCCGUUCAUCAGUUCAGGGAUUGCAGGUAAAAAUGAGAGGCCACCAUAUCCUCCCUUUGGAAGCCAGUCUGGUUUUCUUCCCAGCGACAUAGCGAUGCCAAGCCCAGAUGCCAUGUCCCCCUCUGGCCUGAAGUCUGGCUCCCAGUUUUACCCGUCCUACCCCAACAACCCCAGGAGAAGGCCACCCGAGGGAGGCAUAGACUCCCAGCCAAAGAAGAUUCGGAAACCCCCUGGCCUGCCGUCCUCGGUGUAUGCUGGUGAUGAGUAUGCCAGGGACAAUGGCGGAUAUCCUGGUGCUAAGCCAGGAACUGUCUACCCUGGCUCUUUCUACAUGCAAGAAGACCCCUGGUCAUCCUCUGGCUACUCUGCCAUGCUGGGGAACUCUCCUCAUAUUGGUCAGCCAGGCUCCUUCUCUGCAAUAAACCCAGGGGACAGGAUGAAGCGUCACCCACUGCCUCUGUCCCCACAGAACUAUCCUCUGCAUGGCAGUGAAGUCAACGGCUUUCACUCAGCCCCCACCACCUACAACCACACACCCACCAUCAACGGAGAAGGCAUCAUGACCAACCGAGGCACCACAGCUGGCAGUUCAGGAGAUGAAAUUGGAAAGGCUCUUGCUUCAAUUUACCCAUCAGACCACAACAGUAAUAACUUCUCCUCAGCUCCAUCUACUCCUGGAUCUCCUCAAGCUAUUGCAGGAGGUACAUCUCAGUGGCAAAGACCAACCACACCCAACUAUGAAGGGCAACCACACACAUUGCAAAAUAAAAUGGAGGACCGUUUGGAGGAGGCUAUCCAUGUACUGCGUAGCCAUGCAGUGGGUCAAGGCCCUGGCUUAGAGGGUGCCCACUCCGACAUGCACAGCCUCCUCUCAGUACACAACGGAGGUCUUGGAGGCCUCUCUCCAGCUUUCCCUGCUGCAAGCCUUGCCCUCAGCAACAGUGGAUACUGAUAUCAGGGAGGGAAGCAUGAGGAGCCCACAGGCCUUCCCCCCAGCAGCACUCUUCUGCAUGGUCAUCAUGCAUCAGGACCCACACCAUCAGCUGGCCAACCAGAUGGCUUCACCAGUCUCCCUGGUGGUAUGACCCGCUCCACCCACUCCUCCAGCAGCUCAGACAUCAAGCGAGAAGACAAAGAGGACGAUGAAAACUCUGUUACAGACAAGUCCGAGGAGGAAAAGAAGGACUCCAAGGUAGCACGCAGUCGAACAAGAAAGGAGGCGUUGACCCUCCAGAUGCUCUCUGGCCUUUCAGACCAGAAAGAUGAUCAGGACAAUGAAGAUGACGAGGACGUUCCCCCAGAGGUGAAGAUGGAGCGUGAGAGGGAACGGCGAGUGGCCAACAAUGCCCGCGAACGUCUCAGAGUCCGGGACAUUAACGAAGCAUUUAAGGAGCUCGGGAGGAUGUGCCAGCUGCACCUCAGUCAUGACAAACCUCAGACCAAACUUCUCAUUCUGCACCAAGCGGUCAAUGUCAUCCUCAAUUUAGAACAACAAGUUAGAGAGCGUAACCUUAACCCCAAGGCAGCGUGUUUAAAACGCCGUGAGGAGGAGAAGGUGUCUGGGGUGGUGAGUGAAGCACCCAUGCAGCUCUCAGGAGGCCAUCCUAGUAUGGGAGGAGAUGGCCACAAUCCAGUUGGCCACAUGUAACACCAGAUCUGGUGGUGUUUCCUUGGCUGUCAGAGGAUGUGGCCUUAUCAGAUUUCUUCCACCCAUUAUUGUCAGUGUGUGUGUCUAUGUGGACAUGUCUGUGUAUUGUCCGUUCAAGUUUCAAGAUGCACAUUCACACACGCGUACACACACGCAUACUGCCAAAACUGACACAGCCUGUUUGUUGCACUCCCAACCAUGACUACAAGCUCAAAUGUGAAGAACUUUUUUUUUUUUUUUUUUUUUUAAGUUUUGCUUUGUUUUAUACAUGUAAGAUUAUUUUUCUUCUUUGGUUUCCACAAGAUGAUGGAACACCGGAGUACUUUUUAUCCUGCCACAAAUUGGGACUUCACACACUGCCAGGAGGUGCUCUGGUGGAAAUAAAAGGAGACCUAAACAAACACAAAUUGAAUCAAGGAUUUGUGCCUAAUUGUUACGUUUUCUAUUUGACAUUUAAGCAAAUUGCUUUACAUGUGAGGAACAUUUAUUGUGAGGGAUUGCUUAUGUGUAUGAGCAGUUAUUUUUAAUGUAUGUCAUUCCCAGCGUGAUGGUACAGUCUUACAUAUGUUAUGUAACAAAGCCUAUAGUUGAAGUUGAAUUGUCUAAAUUCUGUGACUUUUCCUUGAUCUUAUCAGUAAAUGUUUGGAGGGGGCGGUGGAAAGAUCACAAAGGAAAGGUCAACGUUUUGACAGUUCAAACGCAGCUUACAUGAAAAACAGGAACUCUGAUCUAGAGACUGUCUCUGACUGAAGCCUGGUCUCAUCCCACAAGGCAUCUGGAGACUUGGAAUCAAAGACUCCUUCCUUGAAGGUUAUGAGUUAUCCAAGUGGUAGAAUCUGUCAACUACAGAACUGUUCUUCCUCUUUGUUGACCACGAAUUCUAGUGUUACUCCAGUAGUCCCUUGUUGUAGGUUCAGAUUUUUGUAUUGCUUUAUGUACUAAAGCAUAGACGAGGCAAAGCACAGUUGUGUAGGUGUAGGCUGGAAGAUAAGUGUCGACCCGUAGUGCAUUACAGUCCCUGAAAGUCUUGUAUAAAAGCCAUUGAAGACACAAAUUUCAUGUUCUGUAAGAGGAAAAAAAUCUGGGUUCCUAUGAUGGAGGGAUCUCAUCUGUCAGCGGUUGUUGACGCAGACAAGCCUUUCUAUAACAGGCUUUCUUUUCCUAAAUGAGCAUUCCCACUGAAUUACAGCCCCUCACCUUCCUCCUGAGUAAGUUUGUUCUCAUGUUUCUUACUGAGAGAAGUGUGACAUGUAAAUUCACUUCAUACAUUACUCUUUCAUUUUUCAAAAUUAAAUAUAUAUAAAAAAUAUAUUUUUUGUUAGUCUAUACAUUGUAGAUUUUUUUACAUAAAUGGCAAUAUUAGUUUGAAGUUGUAGAUGAGCUGAAUAAGGGGGUAUUUGACAUUUGACAUUUAAAUAAAAUUGGUCAAAAAUGAAUUCAAAACGGAGCCUUGAUGGGGGGUGGGGCAGCAGAUGAUAAAUGGAAAAUGUUAUCUUUUGUUCCAUUUUUUUAAUUGUAAGAUGUGUAAUCAGCUACUCAGAUGAAUUCAUUUUCUUUGUGGGGGUAUGUGCCACAAACCUGUUGGUGUUCUUACUUUAGCAGUAAGGCACUGAGGGGAAAAAUGUGGGAAAGGGAUUUUUUUUUUUUUUUUUUGUCUCUAACAGUAAUUAUGCAACUGGUUUUUGAAUGUAGCUACAAUACAAAUGUGGAUUGCCUUUAUUUUCUUUUGUGUUCCUAGGUUUUCCCAGUACAGUAUAAUAGUUUUGGUUUCACCUUUUUCUAACAUCUGCCCUCAACCAAGUGGCUCUUGGUGUGCAGCUCACUUUUCACAGGAUGCACAUUUUCUUCGGAGGCAGAUGGGCAGAUGUGGGUCUUGGGGUGUAAGGGGUAAAAUGGAGAACAAAACAGUGUUAUUGUGAUGUUUAUUCCCAUGUCGUCAUGUUUAUGAAUGGCUUAUACCAACAUGUAAUCACAAAUGAGAGGUAGAGCAUUUUCUGUGUUUAAUUUCUACAAAAAGAGAUGAAGAAAAAGACCUAUACAAAUCAAUAGUGUGGCCUUUUCAUUCUCAAGACUUAAGAUGUCAUGAUGGGAGAGUGAUACCUUAUCAGUGCCUGAACUUGUAUUUUCAUUUAAGACAGUUUUUGUCAACCCAUAUCAUUUCAUUUAUCAUGGAGAUUAAAGAGGUACUUGUUCAUUCCCCCACCCUCCCUUCGAAUGCUUUUUUUUUUAAUUUUCAGAAAGAAGUUUAAAUGGUAUAAAGAGAUUUUUCUUUGUGUAUCUAGUUAAAUAAAAUGUUAUGUAGAUCUUUAGUUUUUAUUCUUUUAUUUCUAAUUAUUCAACUGGAUUAUAUUGUCCAAAUUGCUGUUUUAGUUAAGGUCAUGGGUCCAGGUCAUGAAUUUUCUUUCUAUCUGCUUUAGAUUGCUAAAUCACUUGACAUAACAGGGUUCAAGAGAUGCUGCUUUUGGCUCUGAUUGUCUGCUUUUGAUGCACAUUAACAUGUUUCAGUGUAUGUGUUGCUUCGGUUUCAAUGUAGGGAGUGAGUUGUGUUUUCCGUAUUAGCUGGAGCCUCUAAUGACUUGGAGUAUUUUAAAUUUCUUUAUAUCAGAGUGCAAGCCCUUUGCUGCAGUGACUUUCAGUAUAUGUAGUCUUCAGUGACAGUUUUCACCUCUGACCUUUUACUCUUCCAGCGCUUUGGUGGCAUUGACAGUGACUUUUUGUGAGAAUUUCUGAUCACUUCUUUAAAAAAAAAAAGUUGUAUUUAAACUUUUGCUUUUUUUAAUAUUACAAGAUCAGUAAGUGUAUUGAAUAUUGCCUAAUUGUACCAAGGGGAAUCUGAUUUGAUGUCAUUUAGUAUUCUGUGAACAUCCCAUUAGCCUGCAAUCUCUAUGUUCAGAUUUCUGUUUGGGAGAACUUUAUUUCUUCAGACAUCCUGACAGUUUGCAGAAAAGCAUUCUUGACCAAGAGCACAUAAUGUUAACAUAAAAUUUCAAUAUUACGAUGGAAAGUGUUCAGUUGAUGGGCUUGGACUUGUUUUCAUAUAAGAAAGCAGUAAUAAAAUACUUGCUUUCAACAUUUUUGUCAUAUCUCUGAACUAAUAAGGGGGGAGAUUAUUGAGUGUUAAAUACAUUCACAGGUACACAGAGCCUGACAUCUUGGAGUGAGGACAGUUGUCUCCUGACAGGUCCUCAGAGUACCU